AUGACGAUGAUGGAGUGGUGGUUGGGUUCAGGGCAGAGCAACAAACACGCAGUUAAGGUGACUCAAUUAAAGCUUCAACUAGGACUUUUUGGAGCCAACGUGUCCACUACUGUGAACGACAAAUUAGCCAUUGAAAUAACAUGGGUUAAGAAAGGAAAUAAUCAAAAUUCUUCUCCUUCUUGUUCGAUAAUUCCCUUUCAAUUUCAUCAUCGUACCUUAAAACGACCAUGUACUCAUACCACACCCUGUCGUAGAUUCAUCACUGCCGGAAAAACUCCUUCUCUCGUUUGGGAUGAUCGCGACCUCUGCGCUUUCGACCUCAGACUCAAAGAUGUCUACCACGUGGCAUUUCAUGUUUUAUAUGGAGAGGGUGAAUUAAAAGAUAGAAGGACGGUGGUCGGAAAAGUUUCUAUGACACUUGGCAUGGAGGAGAUGAAGAUCGAAUCCAAUAUUGAAAGGAAGCUUCCAAUACGGUUGAAAGUCAAUGGUUUAAUCUUCGAAGCUACCCUUUCGGUUUGUCUAAGGUUAUGUGACUCAGCAAGAACAACCUUUGAAAACACGGCAAAGACAGAUAAGAAACACGGAAUUAUAGAAAAAGUGAAACAUUUAACAUGCAUGACAAAGAAAACCAAUGACACCAACUUUGAUUCUUAUGAAUCAGACGAUUCGCCCGUGUUUGACUCGGACGACUCGUCGAACGAGUCCACAACAAGCGGUGGCAGUUCAACUAGCAACAGCCCCAAAGAGCCAAGAAUCACGUUUCUAACCUCAGAGAAAAACACAGGCAAUGCGAGUAAAUGGGAAAUCAAUUAUAUUUUAAGCAGAGAUAGCCAAACAAAGCUUAAAGCAAACGUGUUUUUCGCUUCCUUUGAUCAACGAAGUGAAAAAGCCUACGGUGAAAGUGCAUGCACAGUUUUAGUUGCUUUAAUAGCUCACUGGCUUCACUCCAAUCAAGGUAUACCAACGAGAACACAAUUUGACAACCUCAUCACACAAGGUUCAUAUGAAUGGAGAAAACUAUGCAAAAGUGAUUAUUACUCUAAGCUCUUUCCAGAUAAACAUUUUGAUUUAGAAACAGUCAUUGAUGCGAAUUUGAGGCCUAUAACUGUUCUUCCUCAGAAAUCAUACACAGGUUUCUUCUCUCCCGAGAAAUUUCACUGCUUAGAAGGAGCUAUGUCAUUUGAUGAGAUUUGGAAAGAGAUAGAGAAUAACAAGAUGGAUGAUUUUGAGGCAAGAAUUUACAUAGUUAGUUGGAAUGAUCAUUUCUUUAUUUUGAAGGUAGAGAUUGAUGCUUACUAUAUCAUUGAUUCUUUGGGUGAGAGACUAUUUGAAGGGUGUCGAAGAGCAUUUGUGUUGAAGUUUGAUGAUUCAAGUGUUAUGUACGGGAAAAAAGAUGAAGUUGGUGGUGCGAAGAGUAAUAAUUCAAGAGGUGAGGAAAGUUUUGAGGUAGUUUGUCGCGGAAAAGAGUGUUGUAAAGAGUUUAUCAAACGGUUUCUUGCUGCGAUAUUAGUUAGGCAGUUAGAGAAAGAAGAGAAGAAAUGGAUUGUUUCGAAUCCUAAUCUUCAUCGGCAAUUACAGAUUGAUUUUCAUUUUAGUUUGUGA